AUGAUCGGGUCUCCGAUGGUCAAAGAGUACAAGUCGGAGAACCCUGCGGGCUUCCAAAUGAACUUCUCUGUUAUGCUCUUCUCCGUGGCCGCCAUGCUCCUACAGGCCACCCUACUGCCUUGGUUCAUCCAGCCCUAUGAGCCUCUCAACAAGCAAUGGUAUUUGCUACCUACCUUGCGGACCCCUAGCCCAUCAAGACACGAGAGCAUAGCACUCACGGCCAGUGCUUCUACUACUGCACAACAGUCACCGUUCUCUCUCACUCAUCGCUGUCAUCACAGGGCCUUAAGUGGAAGUCCAGAGGAUGGGAACCCAUCGUUGGUCGCUGAGAACGGUCUUGCUUAUGCCGAGGAUGUGGAGAGGAAGAAGCGCUCUUGGUUGCUGCGUGCAUGGGUCGCUUUCCUCGACACUAUAGCUCUCAGUGUGGGAGCGCCACUUAUACUCAUCUGUUGGGCCAUACUCAUACCCAGUACUUUGGCUACGGUCUUACAAAUUGCUGGAUGUGCUCUACUGCUCCUUCCCACUGUAAUCGGGACAAGGAUCCCUUUCGGUGUCAUUGUUUGCUACACAACAUCCCUCACGGUCUUGAACAUAGUAUGUAGCAUACCGUGGACGUUCGGCGAGAGGCUCGCGAUUAAUAGCCAGAAAUUCUAUCUCAAGAGCAUCGGCUUCCACUUCUAUAACUUCGGGGAUACAUCUCAGAUUGGGUGGAGAUUCCUGGCUAUUGCCUUACAGUGUCUCUUCACCUGUAUUCUGGCGGCUAUAUGGCAUUGGCAUUUCAGUUCGACUCAGAAGAAGAGUACAUCUGACGAUGAUGAUGACAGGUCCAUCUUCCCUGGGUGGCUACGAGGCCGUACUGCUCAAUACAUCUGGAACACGAUUCGCCGUGUUUUGACACAUGCGGACUUUGCUGUUGUGUGCAUCCUCUUCACUGUGAUGAUAGUCUUAUUCGUGAGCAAUGAGAGCAACGUCCUUAUUCUCAUUUACCUAUUCUUCGCACUAGUACUGAUAGUACAGCCUGAGGGCAUCAUCAAGCAGCUAGUUACGAAGGCUUUGAUACUAUCGUCUGUGAUAUGCUGUGCCGUGUCUAUUGAAUAUGCUAUCUGGGAUUAUUCUUCUUUCUCCCUGGACUCCUUCCCCACAGUCUUCAGACCAGCCAUAGCCCAUCUAUGUGUGUUCCUAGUGGCGAUCCUUCCUGACCGACUACCCCCAGCGCAUGAUUUACACAGAUCCAGCACGCCCAUCGGUGCCUUCCUGAGGGAGCAUUGGACCAUUAUCUCUCGUAUUGCUGUCUACAUCGCCCUGUUCUGGACACUUUGGGUGGCUCUCACCAAACCGGUUGACGUUUACUCUAUCAUAAUGUUGGCCAUCUUCGUCGUGCAGAUCGCUAUUUAUCAACUCCUUUUCAAGAACUCUGAACGAUAUUUCAGCAUUAUCGUCGUUAACUACGCCCUGGCUUAUUUUUGUAUCAUAAUCGUUGGCUGGCGCUGCGUCGCUCUAUAUCCAAGCAUAUACCAGAGCCUCACCGAGAGUCUGAG